GACAGCUCCCCGUACAGAUAAACAAACUAAAAAACGAUGGCUUGUUUCCCCUCCCCAUGUUAUGGACGCUCUGAAGCUCAUUUUUCUUUGUAAAUGAAGAUCUCCAUCUCCCAGCAGCGCGUCAUCUGUGAACAUUAACGGACUUAUUUUAAGCUGAUGACGAGAUUGACACAAGCAGCAGUCAUAGGCGGAUGUGGUGACACCUGUAGCUGAAUCUGGACAGACAUUUGCAAUCUCAUAAAAAAGGAAGAUUGGAUUGUUUCACAUCCAUUCGCAUCCGUCCUGCAAAAGAGGUCCUCCGGCGCUGUUUGAUCUCGAGUGAGGACGCGCAAAGGUAGCCUAAAGCCAUUUAUGGACGCAUUAAUUUCUAAGCCGCUCUCUGUGCUUGCUUGUAGACAGGAAGGAGCAUGGAUAGAGAGGAAUUUGCUCUGACUAGUGCUCUGAGGGGAUUUGUAGAGCUGGGGGUGUGCUCCCGUGGAAACUAAACUAACGACAGUGGCUAAACCGCCGUCACUAACAGCUCGCCAUUUCUCUUCAAACCUCUUUUGUUUAUUAUUUCAUAUUUUUGUUUGGCGGGGAGAUUUUUUUUAAUCAGUCAUGGGGAAAGAGGAGUGCAAAACAAUGCUGGAUGCUCUGAACAAAGUAACCGCCUGCUACAGGCAUCUGGUGAUCGCUCUUGGAAGCACCUCGGACUCGCAGAACCUGCGAGAGGAGCUGAAGAGGACCCGCAAAAAGGCCCAGGAGCUGGCUGUGGCCAACAGGACUAAACUGACCUCUCUGCUCAAAGACAAGACCAUCAGUAAAGAGGACCGGGCCGAGUACGAGCGCCUAUGGGUUCUUUUCUCCAGCAGCAUGGACCUCCUGGAGGUGGACAUGAAAAGGUCCCUGGAGAUAGGGCAGGAUUUCCCCCUCAAGGUGCCGACGAGGCACCUGAUCCAGACUGGGAUGACCGGCAGCACCACCACCGUGGCGGCCAGGGCCAUGAGCGUGCAAAACAUGAAGUAUGAGGCGGACAGCAACAUCGACACCGCGGACCUCAGGGACCUGCAGACCGAGAUCUCCCAAGUGAGCCAGAUGAUGGAAGAGAUGGAGAUGAAGGUGCAGGUGGCGCCGUGGGCCGUCGAGGCGAAGCAGGAGGCAGGCGCGGAGCUCAAGUCCAAUAUGAGCGUGGGGAAUUCCUCCGUGGGUGUCAUCUCUAUCUGCGAAGAGGAGCCCAAAGAAGAAGAAGGAGGUGGAGGCAACAGGAAUGCAAGUCUUGCUUCCAUCUGCGCUAUGUUUGUAUUCUGUGUCAUUAUUAUGGUCGCUGUGGUGCUAGGAUACUUGGUAAUCAAUAUGUCCUGAAGUGACUAACCACCAGUCCACCCUGACGGACACCCUGCCCGGCUGCCCACGGGAGCGCCACCGUGGGUAAGAUCCAGCAGCUCCACAACAGAGAGAAAGAGCUUUUUGUGGGCUUGAAGGGGCUGAAUAAAUGUGGACACACGAAGUUAUUAAUCUUUCUCGGAUUUGUGAAUGUAUUCGGUGGAGUUGAGGAGUUGCACUAGAUAAAAAUGUAGAACAACAUAGCUGUCAUUCGGUGAGAAUGGACGCCGGGUACAAUUUGAGGUUAAGUAGGCCUAUUUUAAGGGGCCAAGGAGUCGUGUAUUUUUGGAAAGAGGAAAAAAAAAAGUCAUAAAAUUACGUGACAGUGUCUGGCCAUCAGGAUGAUAUAAACUACACGUAAUCCAAGUGGAUUAGUGGAAAAGCUCAAGCGUAAAUGUAGCCUACUGUUAAGUAUUCCCCUUGAUGUUCUGCUGAUUGAUGCUUUAAAUUUAUGAAUUUAAACCAGCAAAGUCAGAUGUGUUCAAACGACUAUGGGGCCCUGUAGUCAGAGAAGUAGGGUCAUGUUUGUUGGAAAACAACAGAACCAGUAUAUACCCAUAAAGGUUUGCUCUUCACAUCACGCAGCUUGGAUGUGAUUAAAUCUGCACUGUUCUUACACUCCCGUUAGCACAGCUUUAACACAUGAUAAAAUCUGUACAGCCAGAUUGUAAUAGGCCUGCAUCUUGAUUGCAUCAAAUCACAGUGUACUUCAUGAGAGCCUUGGGACCUAAGAGACGUCCACAGUCUUUUAAUAAUGCACCCUCCUCGUGCUCCUUUUCAGGGUUUUUCUUGCAAACAGUGUUGAAUGUUGCAACAUGUGAAUAGAGGGGUUUGUAUAAACUGCCUACUGCUGUGUCAGAUAAUGUACAUACAAUUGAGUAUAUUUAUUAUAAUAAAAGUUUUUUGAACACACACUGAGCGCUUGUAGUUUGAAGAAGUUGCUCCUG